AUGCGCUCAUCAGAAAAAACAUUGGUUGAGAAAGUAGAACUCAGGUUGGCAUUGGCUGACUCACCUGAGAAAAUUCAGCAAAUAGUUGAUACAUAUUUGGCCCCCUUACUUUUAAAACUUUCAUCCAAGGAACAAGCAGUAAGGUUAGAGGUUAUAAAAUGCAUUAAAAUAGUUUUAGCGAGAUUUAAUGCUUACACAAAUUUGAAAUUACCAGUCGACACAUUGAUUAAACAGGCAAAAUAUCCACAGGUCCCCGAGAGUAAUGACAUCAAAAAUGUACAGUUGUAUUCCCUUUUGUUUGCUUCAAAGGGUAUUUCAAGGUUUUCGAACCUUCAGAAGCAAGAGCUACUUCCAAGUCUGAUCGAGGGCAUAUCUGAUUAUAGUCAGUUAGUGAAUGCCCGACUUUUUGGCAUUCUUUGUAAACUUAUCAUAUCCUAUGACAAGAAAGACAUGAAUGUUGAUAAUGGGGAUUCCUUUAGAAAAUUCUUACAGCUUGAUGGAAAAAAUGCAGGAUAUGAACAUUAUUUGAUUGAAAAGUUCUCUCAAUUUAUGCUUCUUCAGCCAGUGAAAACAGAUGCUUCUGGUUUAAUUCCUAGAUGCUCUCUUCCAGGACUUUCAGAGAAAGAAAGCUCAUUUUUUACCUAUGAUGCAGGAUUAACAUUUAAUUAUCAAGUGUUAACACAAUACAAGCAGAAAAUACUACUAUUCACCGAAUUUGGCUUUAAAAAACAAAGUGCGUUGAUUGAUAUUUGUGCUUCGGCAGAUCAGAAUUCCUCGAUAUCUGAUCUAGCUUCUAAUAUUCUACAUAGGAAGGGUAUCGAGUCUGAUGAUGAUUUCAUUCAUUCUUUUCUGGAAAAGCUAUUUAUAGGGGAUGAGACUGCAGCUGUUCCUCCGGCUAGAGUACAGCUUCAAGCUAAAAUUAUGGAAGGGUUCUGCAAAAGUGAAAGUGUACUUAACUCCACCAAUUUGACUAAAAUUAUCGAGGUUGGAUUGAAUUCUUCCUUUCCUAAAUUAAAAAGUCAGACUAUUACUUUUAUUCGUUGGGUCACCAUGAACUUACCUAGCAAUGUUAAUUCUUUACCUUCGGAAAAGUUUGCUAGAACAAUUAGAGAUAAUUUACUUUCAGGGAAAGUUGACGAAAUAAGUAGUGAUAUGAGUAAUUAUUUACUUCAAAGAAGAUAUCAAUAUGAAGCUCUUGGCUUAAUUUUAGGAAGAUGCCCGGGAGCAUUAGAUAUGAGUAUGCUUAGAUUUUUGUUUGAUAUGCUUAAAACGGAGAUGCCAGAGCUUCGUACUUCGGUUAUUGAUAUUCUUUCUUCUUUAAUAGUUAGAUUGUCUGAAUUUAAGGAGAAAGAAAGGCUAAAAAAAUUUCUCACAGAAAUUAUAGACUCUGACUUUGGGUGCUCUGUUAAACCGGACGAAUGGGAGUGUUCUGCCAGAUAUAUUGCUGUGAAAUUUGUGAAUCAAGCAUUUCCUUUUCAUGAUGCGGAGGCACGGAUGCUUGAUAUUUUGGUACAAACAAAAAAUGACAAACCUGAGACUAUCCAAGAAGCGUGUAAAGGAUUACAGCCUUAUUUAUACGAAACAGAGCAUGCUACGGAAAUCAAAAGUAACACUGGGCCAUAUGGCAAUCAGGUACAAUUUCCAUCCUUUGAAUCGUUGAUUGAUAUUUUGGUUAGAAAAGAAACAAAUAUCAAUCUUGCAAAAGCUACUAAAUUUUGCUUUGAGACAUUAAUUAUGAAUUCUAUUGAGGGGUCAGAAACUGUGAUUACCUGUGAUGCGGACUGGGAACUAAGAAUAGAUAAUGCUACCGAGUUUGACCGAAGGACACGUUUACUUCUUCAAAGACAAAUAAGGAAACUUUGUCCCUUGGAUGACAGACAAGAUAUGGAUGGAGAUAUUUGUAUGGAUAAAGGGAAAUCAUCUGAUUGUGGCGUAAAUACGAUACAUUAUUUCUUAUCAACAUGUUUUAAAUAUUUCAUUGGGUCCAAAGAUACGGAUGUUGGAAGACUGUUGGUAAUACUUGUCUCAUUGUCACCAGCAUCUCUCGUUGAUAAAUUCUUAAAUCAGAUACCUUUACUUAUUGAUACAUUGCCAGCUCAAUUUUCGAGAACCGUUUCUACAUACGUCUCCCAAAUUUUGGGUAUUUUAUGUUCAAGCUCAUGCUUCACAAAACACAAGCUUGAUUUGGUUUUUAAUGGUCUUUUGGAGCACGAACAACUUCAGCCAUUAUGCUAUAUUGUCUCAAGAGCGAUGAUUACCAGAGGAACAAGCAUUUUUUCAGAGCCCAAGUUUACGAAGCUCUUGAGCAUUAUACAUUAUAAUUUGCUGGCAAAAUCAUCCGAGAAAAUAUAUGUUGCCAUGGAUUCACUUUCUCAGCUUGCAUUAUUUGGGUGCCUAGGCCCCAAGAUCCAAAUAUUACAGAAUAUUAAUGAUCAAAAGAGGAAAUUUAUAGAAGAACUAAAGCCACUACUAAGGUCUACACAUGACGAUUUGGCGGCAAUGACAUGGUCAUAUAUGAGUCUUACAUGUUUGCCAUCUAACUUAGAUACGCAAGUUGAGGCCGACAACAUAACUGAUAAUUAUACUUUUGAAAGUGCCUUAUUUGAGACAUAUUCCACAAGUCAUACAAAUUUUCUUUUCUCAGUUGGUGAGGCAUUUACUAUAUUAGCUAUGGGUUGGAAUUCAGGAAAAUUGAGUACUAAAUUUGAUUUAUCAGAUUCUGAUAUUCAAAUUACUGAGUUAAUACCCAAAUUCGAUCGCGUCGAUCAAAUAUUAGGGGUAAUUUUCCGGGCUUGUAAGUCAACAAAACCAAAACUAAGGAAGGCAGGAUGCAUAUGGCUUUUAUCAAUGGUCCAAUUUUGUAAAGGCUCUCCAGAGAUUAUUCAUCAAUUACCUCGUUUACAGACUAUUUUUAUAAGGUAUUUGAGCGACCGAGAACAGAUAAUUCAAGAAUCAGCUUCAAGAGGAUUGAGCAUUGUUUAUAACUUGGGAGAUAAUGCUUUAAAAGAUGAAUUAAUACACAACAUGAUGUUGUCUUUUUCCGAUUCAACAAAUACCCCGUUAUUAACAAGUGGUACGAUCGAAGGUAGCACAGAACUAUUCGAACCUGGCGUUCUGGGGACAAAAGAUGGCUCCAUCUCUACGUAUAAAGAUGUAUUGAAUUUAGCAUCAGAGGCUGGAGACCCCAGUCUCGUGUAUAAAUUUAUGUCCUUGGCAAAAAACUCAUCUCUUUGGUCCUCAAGAAAAGGCGUAGCGUAUGGCUUAGAAGCAAUAUUUGACAGGACUAAAUUAGACGAUAUUCUUCAGAAAGACGAGCAUUUAUCACAAAAACUUAUUCCUAACCUUUACCGAUAUCGAUUUGAUCCCAAUUUAUCAGUAUCGAGGGUCAUGAAUGACAUAUGGGAUUCAUUAAUUGUUGAUUCCAAUUCUCUUAUUGUUAAUAAUUUCGCCCUUAUUUUUGAUUCAUUAAUCAAAGGAAUGGGUGAUCACGAAUGGAGAAUUCGGCAAUCCAGCGCUGCUGCCCUCAAUGAUCUUUUACAACGUUGUCCGGAAACAAUUUUCUUUAACAAAAUCACAUUGAUUUGGCGUAUGGCCUUUCGAAUAUUGGAUGAUAUCAAGGAAAGUGUUAGAAAUGAGGGGAUUUCACUAACAAAGAAUUUGAUGCAAACAAUGAUCCAUACGAUAGAAAAAGAAGAAUGCGGUUCAAAGGAUGCUCUAGAGCAGCUGCUACCAUUUUUACUUGGAACAAAUGGCAUUUUGAAUAAUGCUGAUGAUGUGAAAACCUUUUCUCUUAGAGUUUUGAUGAAGAUAAUAAAAACGCGUUCAAAAUCAUUAAAGCCAUUUGCAGCAGAAACUAUAAAGCAACUUAUUUUGCUCAUGUCAUCCAUCGAACCACAAGCGGUGAAUUACUUAAGUUUGAAUGCAGAUAAAUACAAACUUACAGUGGAAGAUAUCGAUGCGCAAAGAUUAAGUUUGCUUAACAGUUCGCCUAUAAUGGAGGCAAUAGAAACAUUAAUGGAUCUUUUAGAUGAUGCACUGAUGCCUGAUUUUCUUGAUCAAUUAUCUGAUGCAGUAAAAAAAUCGGUUAACCUACCUUCUAAAGUCACGGCAUCCAAGAUUAUUGUUGAUCUCAUUGUUAAAUACUUUCCUUUGGCAAAAGACUAUGGUGACAAGCUUCUUAAAAUAUGCAUGUCGCAACUCAAAAGCCAUAAUAGCACAAUAGCGGGGUCCUAUGCAGUUGCUACUGGCUACUGUGUAAGAGUGUCUUCUUCAAAGAAAAUUUAUAAGUUGUCAAAAAAAUUGCUGAAAUACUAUUUCGAAGCACCUUCAGAUGAUAAUCAUUUACAACUUAUUUCCGCGAAGACAUGCUUAGCAAUUGUUAACUACUCUAAAGAUAUGUUUGACUCGGUUGACUCUUCAUUCGCUCCACUUAUAUUUGUUGGAAAACACGACACGGAUCACAAGGUUUCAUCUUCCUUUCGUGAAGCAUGGAAUGAGUCGAAUGGAUUUGGCGUGAAUACAAUAAAACUAUAUCUUUCGGAGAUUGUUAAGUUAAUCAAGACUAAUAUCAACACUAACAACAUUGGCCUUCGUCGUACAUUGGGUAUUACUGUUACAAGUAUAAUUCAAAACUUGGGUAAAUCAGUUGAUGCAUUUUCAAAUUGUCUUCUGGAUCUUUAUUCAAUUCUUUUGAGCUCCCUUGUUGGACGUUCAUACGAGGGUAAAGAAACAUUAUUGAAUUCCCUAGUUCUCCUUUCGAUAAAUAGUGCAGCAUUUUUAAACUCAUACUCGGAGUUACAUGAAAGGGUUACCAAGUGCGUUUUGAAGGAAGCGAGUAGGCAAAAUGUGGGUUAUAGGAAAUACAGUGUCAAAGCUCUGGGCAAAUAUCUUGGCUUUUUUACUGAGGAUCAGAAGUUUUAUGAUGCUUAUAUUAGCUGCAUGCGCUCUUUUUUGGAGAAAUCAUACAAAGAAGAAUUAGACUUUGAUGUUGAUGACGUUGGUAUCUCAAAGAAAGAUGACUUGAAAGUGCGAAAUCAGCUGAGGAAUGUUGCUUUUCGAAGAUCACUUUUGGAGAAUAUGACUAUAGCUAUUAACGAAAAAGAACCCAAUAGUAAACUAAUCGAGUUCAUUUUUGAAGAGGUAUUUAAAUUAUUUACAUCUGAUGAUUGUUCUGACUUCAGAACUAAAUUGGUAUUAAUGGAGUCCUUAAAGAAACUGAUCAUAAAACUUGAUCAUGCUGGUGUGAUAAAUAAUUCGAAGGAAAGUGAUUUACUAAUUAACAGUGUACUGGAAUAUUGGCAGAUUUUUCGGAAGGAGUUUUCAACACAUGACAAUAUUCAAAGAGUUGUUAUUGAAUUUAUAAGACUCACCACAUUAUUGGCAGAAAUACUCUUGAAGAAGAAUAAACCAUUCGAUACGGACGAGAUGAUUGAGAGUUUGCGAAAAAUUUCAGUAGAAAGCUCUGAUCCUGUUGUUUCUUGUGAGGCCAAGAAAAGUCUUGUGGGUAUUACCGCAUAUGAAGUAUAG